AUGGCCACACACAACACCCCGUAUCGGAGUAUAUUUAGUCAGCUAUCUCAUGGUACCCGUCAAAAUAGUCUGAUGAAUGACAUGUUAACCACCGAAGGUAAACGAAUUGUGGCAGCUAAAAUUGCGAGCAGUUCUGGUAGCGGCGGUGCCCCAAUACGAGUGAUAAGUGCAUUCAUACAAGUUAAGGACUACGCUGGUUUGGAUCGUUAUUUGGGAAAGCAUCAAAUACCUUUGGAUAUACUAACAUCUGCGUUACAAACAGCAUGUAUGAGUGCAGACAGCGAAGCAGUGGAAAUUUUUUCCAAACACGGGGCAAAUGUCAACCAUGUAGAUCAGUUCGGUACCACGCUGCUUCACUUUGCCAUGCGUGGGGGCGGCGACCAACACGUGGUAAAAGCUCUGGUUGCUCAUGGUUUGGAUUAUAUGAGUUGGCGUUCGGAAGGACUACCACUGUUACACUGGGCAUGUACGUUGGGAUACAUUGACCUUGUUGAGUAA